CCUCGCCUGAGGAGAAGGAGGAGAAGGAGGCGGAGGAGGAAAGGAGUUGGCCGGAGGCAGGUGCAAAUACUGCCACAAAGGAUUCGACUGUAGGAUCAGCACAGGAAUUCUAAAUGGCUCGAGUUGGGAAGGAAAACUUGCAAGAAAUCUUGCCCCUUCCUGUGACCUCUGCAGAAGUAGGACAGGAGAAAAGUGCAUCGCUUGCUGCAGGUGCCCUGAGCAGCAGCAAGAUCCCAGUGCUGUGCAGAAACAGAAUCCCACAAGAGGCGAAGCAGUCCAGGCAGCAGCCACAGAAUAGCCUUCAGCAGGCAUGUACGUCCAACGCGAGGAGGAAAGGGAUCGAGAGGAGCAAGAUGCCUUGCUCUGGUUUAGUACCUGCUGCUGCUGCUGCUUUGGAACCUGCAUCUGGGUUAAUGCCCAAUAUCCUUUCCAGAGAACCCCUGGGGGAGAUGCAUCUGAGCACAUCGGGUCACAGGAAUGAAGGUCGCGUGCCCAAUGGCAAAGAAGUGAGCACAGUUGAGUUUGUGCCAGAUGUAGCAGCUCUUGCCAGCAUCCUGUCCAACACAGGGCUGACUAACCACAUGGUAAGUGCAGCCCACAAGCCCAGCUUGGCCGGACGAGUCCCUUUAAGAGGGAAUAGAGCAUGCUCAGCCAUCGUUGGGACUGGUCGAGGAUCGUUAUACACAGGGGCUCCUGCAGCGAAUUUUCCCCGCAUGUCGUACAUCUCCAGAUCAACUCCAGAAGCUAUGAAUCAGCCACAGUCCUCGAACGCUCAGCAGCUUAAGAUGCGGUUGGCUACAUUUGAGAACCCUGGGCCUCAGGUGGAGGUGGCGAAGCCAAGCCGACCCACGGAGAACCCGGGAGUGGGCAAGCACCAAGAUUCUGCCCCCAGGCCCGAGGCAAAAGGUCUGAAUGGCACGGUGGAGGGGGGCAUUGCAACACAAAGCGACUCAGCAGAGAGGAAGGAAACCACAGGGACACCAUGGAAAGAUGACGGGUUCAUGCCUGACCCAGCUGCCAAAGCUAGCAUCCUGCUGAACAUCGGCGUGAGCCAUUCAACCCUAAGGGCGACUGCCGAUCUGAGCACUAGGGGGGAAAGUGCCUGUUUGCCAUUGCCCUGCACGAGUGCGCGCUCAACAGAAAAGUUUGGGCGUGUUUCCUGCCGCUCUACACAGCGUCCUAAAGGUCUGCAGAAAUUGGAAGCUUCCGAAGCCCAGCUAGCCAACACACCAGGCAGAAAAUGUUCAGCUGCUGACCAUACCCCCUAUGGAUUAGCUCAGAGGGUUCCCCUUGCUUCCGUGCAAUCCUUGCAUCGCAGUCCCUGGAUACGGAACCGUGCGGCUCUUUCUUCCGGCAUUAAAGCUAAGAAGGUUAAUUUGGCAAGCAAGAUCACUUCACUGAAGGACUCUGUGGACUCCAAAGAGGAUGACGCUGCUGUGGAAUGGGAAAGCAUUGCUGUGUGCCUCUUUAAGGAUGAGAUGGGAGCAUCGGCAAAGAAGGUGGCAGGUGUUCCUGUGAUCACCCCAGAAAUGGGAAAACUCCAGCGCAUCAAGCUCCUUGCUCAGCUCUUGCAACAGGAGGUGAAUGACGGCAUCAAUCACGACAUUGCCCCCUCGCUGGGGGAAUUGCACAAACUGUUGUCGGCUCACUGCUCGCCUGCCCGGGACGCUCCCAAGCCUGGUCCCCUCGCUACACCUGUACUGUCUCCCGGACCACACCUUUGCAAGCUGGCGCCAGGGUCUGUUGCUGUGGCACCCGAACCUGGCAUGACACAUGCCACCACCUCCAGCCAGCAACCUGUCUGUCCCAUCUCUCGGAUGCCUUCGGUCCAGCUCCCGGCAUCCGGUGGGAGUGGUACCUCCAUGCAUUUGCUCGGGCUCAUGUCGUCCUGUGGAAAUAGUGCAGUAGACCAAGUCAAGCAGCGCUUAGAUGACCUCCUUAGUGCACCUAUGCACUUCCAUGAGGCACGCCUAAAUGCUGAAUGUGCCUUCUACACUGCCCGCCUCGCCUGUGUUACGCAGCCCUCGGCACAGCGAUGCAAAGAGCCUGUGGCCAAAAUGCUGGAGGUCCAGGAAGCCAUGCACUUUAUACCUAUCUCUGCAACCCCAUCCCAACCCAUGGAAGCAGAAAGGGUUUUGCCCUCGUGAAGGUCUGGGUUAUGAUGCCUGCUUGCCAAUUCCACGAUUACAGAGACAGUGUGGUGAAGUUCCUUAGAACCAACGCACGAUGUUCUGUUGUCUUCUAAACUUUAGAAGAUCCACCCCCAGCUGCUACCUUUCAAGCUCACUCCCUGACCACCGACGAAUCUUGUUGGGACUCUGAAUCUCAGUGGGGUUGCCUGGGAGGACCAGGAGCCGAAAUCUCCCCUCCUUUUCCGAGAGCAUCUAGUGCACGUGAAAGGGGAAAGCUGACCUGGAGUUCAGCUUUCAUUGAACUGCAAAGCAUUGGCACAAAAGGCAAUACGCUAAUAUGGUAUGCAGGAAACAUACCUAUUGUGGGAAGAAAGGAGAAAAAUUAAAAACGUUUCCUAAUUGCUUUAAAUUGCUAUUUUUGCAAGCAAGAGCACAACUCUUCCCCCAAGGAUGAGAAGGAUUAUUCCAGUGAGCAAGACUUUGUAAUGAACUGCCUCAAUUUGUCAAUUUUUUUGUGGGUGUUUUACCUUCUUUGUAUGUAAAUGCCUGUAACAGUUUUGAGAAAUAGUUGGCAGAGAGGGGCUUUCUGUAAUUUCUGAUCACAGAUGGUGGGUUAGGGUGAAGUUUGAAAGAUGGGUUUGGUGUCAAGCUCUGGCUGUGAUCCGGUUAGUAACAUCUUCCAGUGUCCUUGGGUUUAGAACACUUAAUGGACUGAAUUUCUUUUUUCUUUUUUUUUUUUUUAAGGCAGCGGUGCUUCUAAGUUAAAAGUUCUUAAACUGUAAGUUCCUUGGGAUUUCCUUUUUGGCCAAAAAGGUGACUCAUAAACAACAAUAUAAAUAAAUGAUGAUGUAAAU